AUGUUUCAUUACAACAAAACAGAGUUCCACCCUGCCUCCUUCCUUCUGAUGGGAAUUCCAGGGCUGGAAGAUGCACAUAUCUGGAUUGGCUUCCCUUUCUUUGCAGUGUAUAUGGUAGCUCUCCUGGGGAACAUCACUGUACUGUUUGUAAUCCAGACUGAGCACAGUCUCCAUCAGCCCAUGUUUUACUUCCUGGCCAUGUUGGCUGGCACUGAUCUGGGCCUGUCCACAGCUACUAUCCCAAAGAUGCUAGGCAUUUUCUGGUUCAAUCUCAGGGAGAUUGUGUUUGGUGCCUGCAUCACACAGAUGUACAUCAUUCAUAUAUGCACUGGUCUGGAGUCUGUGGUGUUGACAGUCAUGGCCAUUGACCGCUAUGUUGCAAUCUGCAAUCCCCUAAGAUAUAGCAUGAUCCUGACCAACAAGGUUAUAGCCAUCUUGGGCAUAGUUAUCAUCCUCAGAACUUUGUUAUUUGUAACCCCAUUCAUAUUCCUUAUCCUGAGGUUGCCUUUUUGUGGUGUCCGUAUUAUUCCCCAUACCUAUUGUGAACACAUGGGCUUGGCAAAGUUAGCUUGUGCCAGUAUUAGGAUCAAUAUUAUCUAUGGUUUGAUAGCUUUUUCAGUGGGAUACAUUGACCUUUCUGUGAUUGGAUUUUCCUACGUCCAAAUCCUGCAGGCAGUCUUCCAUCUCCCAUCCUGGGAUGCUCGGUUUAAGGCACUCAGUACCUGUGGCUCCCACGUCUGUGUCAUGUUGGCCUUCUACCUGCCAGCUCUCUUCUCAUUCAUGACACAUCGCUUUGGACACAGCAUCCCUCGUUAUAUUCAUAUCCUUCUGGCUAAUUUGUAUGUAGUUGUUCCCCCUGCCCUUAACCCUGUUAUCUAUGGGGUCAGAACAAAACAGAUAAGAGAGCGUGUACUAAGAAUACUUCAUCCUAAAAGCCGUUGA